CUGAGUAUUCACAGAAGGGGGUGGAGAAGACUCAGAGGAGGAACUUGUAGGGUUCGCAGGCGAGAGGACAGGGAAUGCAUGGAAUACAGUGAACUCUUCUUGCCUGGAGUCAUUUUGACUCUGCUGUCUCUACUAAUCAAGAUAUCGCAGGAAAUUCAGGAGAAGACCAGCUUCGCAUUUAGGCUUCAAGGUUGAAAGGGACCAGUGCCUGCCAAACGUGACGUACAGACUCCACAUCUACUGUAUGUGACCAUCCAUACUGAAUAUCUGCACAGAAUAAGUAUUCGAGAACUUAGCAUCUCAGAUUCUAACCAUGAGCUAUGAACACUUGGACAGUGAAUUACAAAAAAAACUAUGCUAUUUGUACUGGGACAUAGCCAACAUCCCAGAGCUAUUGGCAUUAUCUCCUAGCGCAAGCCACCCUACUGCCAUCCAGUACUCCAGCUUUUUACUGUCCAUUGUCACUUGCAUCAUGGGAUUUGCCGGCAACAUUGUUGUCAUCUUCGUCACUGGAUUCUUAAGGAAGAAGAACAAAUCUCAAAUCUGGUUCCUGAAUUUGGCCAUAGCAGACUUCAUCUUUCUUCUGGUUGUACCACUCCAAGCUGUGAACAUAUUAACGGCAAGAUGGCCGUAUGGCUCCAUCAUGUGCAAAUUAUACAACUUCCUUAACUUUACUCAUAUAUAUGCCAGUAUUUACAUCCUCACAGCGCUAAAUAUUGAUCGUGCCUUGUCUGUAGCUAAACCGAUAUGGCACCUGAGGUUCCUUUCCCGGAAAUUUGGUUACUGUGUAUGUACACUCAUCUGGGUAUUAUCGAUCAUAUGUAGCAUUCCAUCCAUCUUCUACAGUGAAGAAUAUUAUUUUGGUGAAGAACCUCAAUGCAUUCUCUUUCCUGAUGAUCUUACUGGCAUUGUAUAUUUAAAUAAUGACCAAAAUUUGAUUCACGGUUUCCGUAAUUUUUCACGUGAAUUGUGCGAUGAACCCUUUCAAAGUGUGCAGAAGUUCCAAGACUGGAUAGAAAUGCUCUCUACAACCAUGCAACUUGUGGUUCCACUUGCAGUGUUUGGUUGCCUUAUCCCGCUGUGUGUUAUCAUAUCCUCCAAUGUCACCAUUGCUCUUCAUGUGAAGAAUUCUCAGAAGGCAUCAUCAUCAUCAAGACUAUACAAAGUAGUGAUUGCUGCAAUUCUGGUCUUCUUCUGUACUAGGACUCCAUUACUUUUGGCGCAGAUUAUUUUCUUGGGGGCUGCUUAUACUCUGCAGUUUACUCUGAUGUAUAAGGUUAUCGUAUAUAUGCCACUGUUGAUCAGUAUAUCCUCCACAAAUGCUUUCCUGAAUCCCGUGGUGUAUGUUCUAGUGGGAAAACAAGUAAGGGAUGAAAUUUGUCAGUUUCUUCGGAAACUAUAGUAUGGCAUAGAGGUAUAGAUUUGAGGAUGCCAUAUAUCAGAUGUCCAGGGGGGACUGUUUCCCCCUGCACCUAGCAGUCUUAUAGGCAAGGUAGUGCUAUGCUGGGAAAAAGGUAUUCAAAUUAGUUCACUUUCCAAAAAAGAAAAGAAAGCUGUACCUCUGGUGGCACCAGAGGCACCUUCCACCUGGUGGCACCAGAGACAACUUCCACCUUUUGACACCAGAGGAAGCUUCCACCUAUUGGCUGCAGAAGCACCUUCCAUCUGUUGGCACCAGAGGCCCUUUCCAUAUGGUGGCAUCGGUGGCACCUUCAGGGGCGGGCUGACCAUUGAACCCACAGGGAAACUUCCCAGUGGGCCGAUGCCCAGGUGAGUAAUCUGAUGCUCCUCUCCUGACUCCUGAAUUAAACUGUAUUACCAUCCUAAGGCAACUGGAGCGUGGUAGCUACCAUUGGCCUCCACAAAGUGUCAAGUUUUGUGAAGGUAUUCCCUCGGGCUGGGGCAGUAUUUUGUGAUGCCCUGUGGUGUUUGGUUCUGCUGGGGUGGUAUAAUGUGUUGCAGUAUGGUAUUGCUGGUCCCGCAUACUGGUGUUGGCCCGUCGUCUGUCAAUUUGAACCUGUCUACAAAAUGGAGCCACUUUUAAUUUUUUCCCAAGGGCACUUUAAGGUCCGAGUCUUCCCCUGGGCACCUUCCAGCUGGUGGCAAUAGAGGCACCUUCCAGCUAGCAGCAUCUUCUAGCUGAUGGCAGAAGUGGCACCUUCCAGCCAGUGCCACCAGGGGCACCUUACUGCCAAUGGCACCAGAGGCACCUUACUACCAGAGGCGCCUUCAUGCCAAUGGCACCAGAGGCACCUUCUAGCUGGUGGCAGCAGUGGCACCUUCCAGCUGAUGGCACCAGAGUUUCUUUUUGGAAAGAUAGCUAAUUUGCAUAUAUAAAAUUCAUGGUUGUAGGAGGAAAGUUUCUCCUUGUAAUUCAAAGAACCUCCCGCUAACCCAAAGAACCUCCCGCUAACUUCUUUUUUAGAGAGUUCGAUAUGGAAUGCAUGUCUCUCAAUACAAUCUAUUCAAUAAUCAAUUCAUUUAUAAAAAAACUAUUUAGCAUGAUUUAUAUUUUAUGUGUAACCCCUUAAGGAUCAGUUAAAUAUUGACUGACGCCUAUUAGGCUGUGCCUAAGGGCUCAUGCACACAGCCUUAGCUAUUGUUGUGGUCUGCAAAUUGCAGGGCGGAAAAACACGGAUACCGGCCUUGUGCAUUCCGCAUUUUGCAAAAUGGAAAGUCUUGCUCUCUGUAGAACUGUCCUAUACUUGUCUGCAAAACAGACAAGAAUUAGAAGAAAAGUUUUUUGUGGGCCCGUGGAACGGACAUAAGGGUGCUGACAGCACACAGCGUACUGUCCGUAUCUUUUAUGACCCAUUGAAGUGAAUGCGUUCGCAUCCAACCUGCAAAAAAAUGCGGAUAGAAUGUGGACAAAAACAACGGUCGUAUGCAUGAGCCCUAAGACAAUGAGUUGCUCUCUGGUUAUCUGGUUGCCCCCUCUUUGUGUUUGCACCCAAUAGUUGCCUCAGUUGUUAUAGAAUGCUGCCUGUAAGAGGUUAUAUGGACAGAAUCAUCUGCAAUUAAGUAGUUAUCAUCUCCAUCCCUCUGUAGGUGAUGGUACGUGCAUGUUACCAUCCUUGUGUAACUGUACAGCAUGGUGUAUUAAAGAGUCACUGUACUUUCACACAAUUUCUUUUAGUAGAGAAUGGUGUAAAUAGCAAAUUUAUAGAUCACUUUAUUUAAAAAAUCUGCCUGCAUCCACCUGAAAAAAAAAGCUAUAAAGUCAUGGCCACUAGGGGUCUCACUUCCACCUAAGUUGCUGUCCACUGCCUGUUGUCACGCAAGAUCAGUCCCAGGUAAAAGAGGGCUCACAGGAAAUGAGACAGUGUCAGUGAUCCUGAGUCUGAUCAAAGAACUGCUUCUACACCUGUAACACCCCAGAGUGUUGUUACCACUUCUGCACUUUGCUACUGUCUUUAUUGGUCUAACCCAGUGAUAGGCAAACUGCGGCUCUCCAGCUGUUGCAAAACUACA